UUUUUUAUGAAAGCCUCUUUUUGUUAUUUUAAAAUGUCCAAGAAAAAAUUAUUUGAUUUUUUCUUAACCAUUUUUACAUUUAAUUUACUUUUUGCUGCGCAACUUUGUAAUGGAUUUAUGUCAGCAGAACAACAAAAUCGUUUAUAUUCUGAAGGAGGUUCUUAUUCAACAAAACAAGAAAAUGAUAGAUCUUCAACUGCUGGAAUUGCUGAAGAAUUAGAAAUGGAACAAGAAUAUGAACAACCAAAUUUAUAUACAGAAUCUUUUCAAGAAGAGCGUCAACGUCAACGUUUGGCUAAUAUAGUAGAUCAACUUCGACAACAAAAUGUUUAUAAUCAACAAUAUAAUGCCGCCCCUUUAUUUGAAGAAAACGAGGAUAAACCUUUUUUAAAUCCUGAAGAGCCCCGAUUAAGAAAUAGAAAUGCUGAAGAAAUGGAAGAAUUGCGACGACUUGGUAUGGAAUUAAAGCAAAUUAGCGAGGAAAAAAUUGGAGAAGAAAUGGGAGGAGAUUCUGAGGGGACUAGUACUGAAGAAGAAGAAGAGACAAAAAAGCCUUCUAAAAUGUCAACACCAGUUAAAAAAGGACAAAAUGAAUUUGUUGAAUUUGCAGAACCUAUUAGUAACCAAAAUUUAAAUAGUAAAAGAAUUAAAGAUAUUGAAUGGAUGGAAAAACGUUUGCCAAGUGAUUCUGCUUAUUUCGAUAAUCAGAGAAGAGGUGGAGGAGGUCCUUUCCAUUUCUUUAACGCUUCUGGAAAUAUUUUGUUUAUUGCUUAUUUAACAAUUUGCUGUGUUGGUGUUGUUGCUGGGGUUGUUGGGGGUGUUUACUACUACAACCAUGUUCGGUCCUCAAAUGUUGAUGACCCUUUUAACGAGUUUACUCGUUAUUCGCCCUCUGGACCUGGCAAAGACAAAUUUAGUAAGAGAGGAGGAGGAGGAGCACAAGCAUUUGGACAAACUGUUGGAGAUGAUACUUUAGCUUAUAAAGCCCAACUUCAACAAUAUCAACAACAAAAACAAAAAAUUUUGGGGGCCGGCCAAACAAUUAGUAACGACCAAAUGAGUGACAAUGAAGAAGAAAAUGAUGAACUUGAACAUAAUUUUAGUGUUUUUGAAUGUCCAGGAUUGGCACCUACUGGUGAUGUUGAAAUUCAAAAUCCAAAUUUUGUUGGAGAAAACGGGGAAAACAAUACAGCAACAAAAAACAUUGAAAAUUCAAAGAAAGAGGAAAGAAAUGAUUGA